GGGCCUUAAUUUGGCCAAUCAGACGUCUCGUCUAGGAAGUUAACCAAGCUUGUGUUAAAAACAAGGGUUUGUUUUACAAUAAAUUUAAAGCGUAACCCGUGUCAGUCCUUACAGACAGAACUCUGGCACAACAAAGGCUCGCUAUUGGAGAUCGAAAUGCUUGACCGUCUACUGGUAGCGUCUGAAUGUGCUCAAACACCAAGUAUUAGCUUAGCAUAGCUAACUGGUUUAGCUAAUUAGCCUUGUUGCUAACUGCAGGCUUCUUGCUUUCUAGUGACAAUAAACCCAGCAUGUAAUAAGUACGUUAUAAUAAGGUAAUGUAAAGGGACAGAAAUUAAUUAGCGUGAUUUAAUUCAGACAUUAAAUACCGUCAUAAAGACCUACAACGCCUUAGCAUACGAGUGCUAACUAAUCGGCUAGUCGGGCUAGUCAUCUUUACUAGUUUACUGACGUCUGUCUUGUGUUUCUGCCGUUAAACUGUGUGUAUAGUAACAAUUUUGUAUAAACCAAGACUUUACAUAUCAUUUAUAUAUCACUAAAGAAGGAUUAUUUGACGUUAGUUAUAUCAUAUAACGGUGUUAGUCAGCGAGGUUGUGUUCAGGUGAUCAAGACAAUAUUAUUAUUGGGCGUUACACACGUCCCUUUAUUUACUCCAAUUUAUACUCAAAAUAACCAUUUUGCUUGCUGAAGUCGUGAACUCACUGGUCACAAUCGCUUACAAUGAAAAACUGUGAAUACCAACAAAUUGACCCCAGAGCACUGGGAACCCCGGGAUCCACACCAGCUUCCACUCUGCCACUUCCAAGAAAAGAGCUUCCUCAUCCGAAGAGAAAAUGGGAAGUGUUUCCUGGGAAAAACCGCUUCUACUGUAACGGACGCAUCGUCGUGGCCCGUCAGUGUGGUGUGCUGCCGUUGACCCUCAGCCUUAUUGUCCUCACCUCCACCCUAUUCUUCAUAUUUGAUUGUCCUUUUCUGGUGGCUCACCUCACCAUUUGCAUCCCAGUGAUUGCUGGAGUGCUUUUUCUCUUUGUGAUCAUCACCCUUCUUCGCACCAGUUUUACAGAUCCAGGGAUCUUACCCAGGGCUUUACCAGAGGAGGCUGCUGACAUUGAGCGCCAAAUAGAUAAUUGUGGGUCAGCUACAUACCGACCCCCGCCCCGGACUAAAGAGAUCCUUAUUAACGGACAGCUGGUCAAACUCAAAUACUGUUUCACCUGCAAGAUGUUCCGUCCACCUCGUACCUCCCACUGUAGUCUGUGUGACAACUGUGUAGAGCGCUUUGAUCACCAUUGCCCGUGGGUGGGGAAUUGUGUUGGCAAGCGCAACUACCGCUUUUUCUAUACUUUCAUAGUUUCGUUGUCUUUUCUUACCUCCUUCAUCUUUGGAUGUGUGAUCACGCACCUCACUUUACGAUCACAGGGUGGAAAAGGCUUCGUACAAGCCUUACAGGAGAGUCCAGCCAGUGUUGUGGAACUGGUUGUUUGUUUCUUCUCCAUCUGGUCUAUCCUGGGACUGUCUGGUUUCCAUACCUACUUGGUGGCUUCGAACCUCACAACAAAUGAAGAUAUUAAGGGCUCUUGGUCAAGUAAAAGAGGUGUGGAAGAAUCUGGGAACCCUUACAGCUUUAACAGCAUCUUCACUAACUGCUGUGUUGUGCUGUGUGGUCCAAUGCCUCCCAGCUUGAUUGACAGAAGAGGGUUUUUACCUCCAGAUGUCAUCCCUCAAACAGUGACAUCUGAAACUGAGCUUCAUCCUUUUAUGACAAAGAACGACAUCAACAUGUGCACACAGUGUGCCAAGGAGCUAUUGGAGUCAGUUUCUCACUCCUCAAUGAUCCAGAGCAGCUGCAGUUCAGCUACAACCAAGACCACACCAGUGACCCAGGAGAAUCUGCUAAUUACUGUCUCAAACUCUCUCAAGUCUCCAUCUGGUAGGCCUUCUACCAUCUGCUGUGGAAGACAGGAGCACCAUCCGAAGGACGAGAGCUGCCCUCAGCAAAUGAGUGAAAAAUUCACAUUGGAUGCUCAGAUACUUAGCUUCCAUCGUUCACUCUAUUCUGGUAGCCAUGGUUCUGUCAUUCUCAGUGAUACCUCUGACAUGGGAUUGCUCCCACUGACCUGAUGGCACAAGAACCAGCCCCAGUAUACAAGGAGAGCACCUGACCCCCAUUCACUAACUGAGAAAACGUGACAGAUGGCAUUUCACUCAGGAAGUUCUCAGGAGUCAUACUGUCUCUUAACAGUGGAAAAACACCCAUUGGACCCAAGAUUUGUUUGACAAAUCUUUUAAACAAAAGAUUUAUUUAGGAUUAAUUAUUGUUCUCUGUUCCAUCUGCUGAGUGGGAAUAUUGGGAAGCACAAUACACGUGUGACACAAAAGGGUCAUUUCCUGUUCUCUCCACACUGUGCACAGCUGUGUUUGGUGUUCCACUAGGCUUCGAGUUAUAUUUAAGAAUUACCCACUGACUUCCAUUCAUAGCAGUAACUUUUGUUUAAAGUUCAGAGUUGUGUAUGGGACGUCUCCUGAAAUGUGCAACCCAAACAGACCUCAAAUAUCUAACCAUUAUGAGCUAUGAUUUAGAAGGGGAUGGGGAAUAAAUCCAGUUUAUUUUGUAAACCAGUUCCUCCAGGAUUACGUUUUUUUUUUUUGGGAUUUGUUGCAGGCAAAAAUACUUUUUUUGUUGUUGACAAAUUUAGAUUUUUCUUUUGAACUACUUUAAGUGAAGACACUUAAUUUCUAUGGGCUGUACUCAUGUUUGAUGCACACACAUCUAAGAGGCUUUGGCCGAAUCUGCAUUGUGAUGAAGUCACAAAUACUGUGAUCACAAAAUCAUGAAAUCCCAGAGGAACUGGUAGAUGAUUACUUCAUGAGUAAAUGAGUGUUCAUGUAUCAUGAGAGGGGUAAAGGUUAUUUAUGGGUGUGUUGAUGGUAAAUUAUGGAUCAGUUAUUUCAGAACUGACUAGGAUGUGGAAUUCAAACCUUUAUCCUCAACACAGGAGUAGUUACACAAACUGAUGCGAUGCUCCAAUAUUACUGUCAGUAUCAGAGAUUGGGUGGAAGAGUUGUACCUUUUAUUUUGAAGGAUAUAUUAAUGAAGCAAAACUUUACAGCAUGUGGUUGGCUUAAAGCAGCAGGCUGAGGGUAUGACAUUCACUUUGCAAACUGUGUUCCUGGUCCUAGUCAUAAUAUUGAAGAAAAAAAAAGACUAUUUUUAUGUAUUGAUUGUACACGGAUAUAGUGAAGCUGUCCUCGAAAACAUGGGCUUCAUUUAAAAGCACAGCAAAAGUUUAACUGGGUGUGUGUGUGUGUGACUGUACUGUUCAUUCUGUAAACAAAAUAAUUCAUUAAAUGUUUUGGUAUCUGUUCUUUGAACACAUGCAGACAGGUUUGAGCCCCAUUAUCCACAGAUUUUCUUUGGUGGAUGACAAGUUACUUUUUAAUAUUGUUUAGUAAUUUUGGCUAGUAGACUUUUUACUACACUAGAAGUAUUAAAUUCAAAGAUAGGUUAAUAAGAAGAAUGCAAAUAAUUUGUUGAUUUAACAAAAGACAGACAAAUAAUGUAGAGUAUAAUUUUUUAAAACAACUUGCUGAACUUACAGAAUUACUGCAGGAGAUACUUGCCACAAUGAACAGGAACUGGCAGCUAGGUGGUUUAAAUAAUGUUACAUAGAAGUAAAACCUGUCUAAAUGUGUUGCAUUUGAGCAUGUUACUCUGUCAUGUGAAGCUAACAGCGUGUCCUAUCAUAUUUGUAGUCUGGUCGCUUUUAUUUAUUUUAUUUAUUUUUUUACAUUCCUAUUGUUAUUUGAGAAAUGCAAAGAAAUGCUAUUAAGCAAAGAUGAAAAAAAAAUGCAUACAGUAAUAAAGUAAGCUUUAUUUGUUACAA